AUGUCCAACCUUCAACCAUUAAAGGAUCAUGCUUUGAUAGGCGAGGCCGAAAAAAUCCCCGUCAAUAAACCCGUUUCCUUUAUCUCCAUUAGCCCAAUUGUAGUACCAGCUCCAGGCCGAGUUGUUGAUUUGCAGGUAAAGAUCUCUGCACCAAGGACGGGAAAUGACCUACCCAUCAUCCUGCUCUCGCACGGCCAAGGACAAUCAAACCAUCUCUCUUCACUCAAUGGCUACGGUCCACUCGCCAAUUUCUGGGCCUCUCACGGCUUUGCAGUUAUUCAGCCCACACAUCUAAGCUCAAAAUCACUCAGUCUGGGGACCCCGCCCUCAGAAGGACCUCUCUACUGGAGAUCACGGGUUGAAGAUAUGAAGCACAUCCUCGAUCAUCUCGAUGACAUCGAAAGUGCUGUUCCCGAAGUCAAAGGGCGGCUAGACAGAACUCGAAUUGCUGUCGUAGGGCAUUCCAUGGGUGGACAUACGGCCAGUUUACUACUAGGUGCCCGAACCACGGAUUCCACCGACGGAACAGUAACGGAUUGGACAGAUCGUCGCAUCAAAGCAGGCAUCCUACUUGGUGCACCGGGUAGUCCUGGAGAAGAUGGAGCAUACUUGUCCACAUGGGUGCUGGAGAACUUUCCUUGGUUUAAGGAAAUCAGCUUCGCCGACAUGGCAACUCCAGCACUUGUAGUAGCAGGUGAUAACGAUUCUUCGCCACAUUUGAACAACCGAGGUCCGGAUUGGCAUUUCGACCCUUACAAUCAUAGCACUGGUCCUAAGAGCCUGCUCACUCUUUAUGGUGCCGGACACAUAUUCGGCGGUAUAUCUGGAUUUGACGCUGCAGAAACGGACGAUGAGAGUCCGGAAAGAGUGGCCGUGGUUCAAAGGCUCACCUGGGCGUAUCUUCGGAGUACGCUUUAUCCUGAGGACACUACUUUCUCUGUCGUGUCCAAAGCUCUCGCAGACCUCCCUUCACUGGGCAAGGUUGAUUCGAAGUAA